UUUUCCUGUAUAUAAAAUCCCCAAAACAUAAUAAUCAAUCUCUGUGUACUGUAUACAUUUGCAUUUUUCAUUGAUUUAUAUAAUUAUAUAUACUCUAAUUCGGAGUCUACCUGACUGGUAUCAAUACGCUCGUCUUCAACUCUUUCUCUAUCUCCCUCUCAAGUAUUAGUGUACUACUCUUAUCUGUUUAGAUUGUUAUCACCAGAUAAGUUGGAUUUUAUUCCUUGCUUUUCGGUUAUUCAAGCUUGCUUGCUUUUAAGUUCAAUAGCAAAAGCUAAAAAGCGAAAAACAAACCUCGGUUCACGAAUUGGGUAUUGGCCAGAUCUUGGAUUAGAACCACAGAUUCUACGCAAAUCAUUUUGACUUUGGAGGUAAAGGCAGGUCCAUUUUAUUGGCGUGAUAAUGGAUUCCCCUCAAUCUGUCGUAUCACCAUUCAAGAGUUCUGUUGUUGCUGAGCCAGAGAAGCAGAAAUCUCAUUAUGCAGUGCAGACCUCUGAUAGCUUGUCCAAGGGAAUUGAGGCCCAGAGGAACGAAGCCAUGGUUGACAACUUGGAGGAUUUCAUCGGUAUUCUUGAUGUCUACAUACAUCAGGCUAGGGAUAUCCAUAACAUAUGCAUUUACCACAAGCAAGAUGUUUAUGCUAAGUUUUGCCUGACCAGUGAUCCUGAAAAUACGGUGUCCACCAAAAUCAUCAAUGGUGGUGGGAGGAACCCAGUCUUCAAUGAUGAUCUCCGGUUCAAUGUCAAAACUAUUGAUUCCUCUCUUAAAUGUGAGAUAUUCAUGAUGAGCAGGGUGAGGAAUUAUCUGGAGGAUCAGUUGCUUGGAUUUGCCUUGGUACCUCUCUCUGAUGUUCUAAUCAAGAAUGGGAAGUUGGAGAAAGAAUACUCUCUUUCUUCGACUGAUUUAUUCCAUUCUCCAGCCGGGUUUGUUCAGUUAUCCCUAUCAUAUACUGGAGCUUCACCAGAAGUCAUGGCGAUUCCUGCCAUGCCUACUGCUGUGGCUACAGAUGGAACUGCACAGGAUGUAGAGAUACAGGAAUCAGUUCCCAGUGAAUUUGAUAAGAUUGAAUUCCCAGAUCCAAAACUUGUGAAUGAAAACCAGAUGAUGGUUUCAGAGUACUUUAGGAUUCCAUGUACCAGCGUGGACUCUGAAAGCUCUGAUAGUUUGGUCACAUCUGAUGUUGAAAAUCAUGUUAGUUCAGAAAUGGGUGUUCAUGUCAUGGAAAGCUUCUUGGCUGCUACUGUCGAUUCCAAUAAGGUUCUUAAGCCUGAUUCUCCUCCUAGCAGUGUGUCAACAAAUGGGGUUUCUUCUCCUUCUGUUGCUGCAAGCUCUGAUACCUCGGAUGCUCCAGCUUCAAAACCACCAAACCAGGAGCAUGACUCAGCUCGAAAGGAGAAAAAGGGUGGAGAUGUUGGAGAUGGUGAGACUGAUUCCUCUGGUGGAGCGCAAAGUGAGAAAACUGUAAAGCCUGUUAUUACUGUGAAUAUUGAACCUGAGCAGAAUGUGGUCCAGCAGGAUAUAGUAGACAUGUACAUGAAAAGCAUGCAGCAAUUCACCGAGUCAUUGGCAAAGAUGAAGCUUCCUUUGGACAUUGAUAGUGGACCAACCAGUUCAGGUAGUUCAACUUCUGAUCAGAAAAUGCAGUCAUCAAAGAACAGUGGCUCCCGCGUGUUUUAUGGGAGUAGGGCUUUCUUCUGAGCCUUAGUUCUACUGGUUCAGAGGAAAAAACAAAGGUGACUUUAGAUUUUAGCAAGGGGACUAAUACUAAUAGUGGAAUGUAAUAAUGAAUCAUGUAGUGUGGUGUUUUCCUUUUGUAUGUUUACUUGUUUAGAUGACUCGGACGGGAAAUCAUGACUUUGUGUUAUCAUCAGCUUUGUUUCAUAACAAUUGCUGUUAUUGUACAUGGAAAUUUCCCUUUCAAUUUUUAUUCUCUUCUUUAUUCCUGCUUA